UACGAGUAGGGGGAAAAAAAAAAAUCCGGAUUUGAGAUCCUGGCUUGUUUGCCAUUGGGUGGCCAUCUUGGAAGGAAGGAGCUUUAACCGAAAGCGACAGGCAGAGGUCGGAGGAAUGAAGCUGUCAGAGAGAGCCUCAUUCCCAGGCCCGUGAUUCAACUAACCGCUUCAUUCAGACCUGUCGAGACAAAAAGAAGCGUUCAGGGUUUAUAUGUAGUUAUUUGUUUUAUACGAAAAGCGUGGUUGUGCUGCGAUAGUCAGGGCCUUGUGUGUGUGUCUGGUGGGGAUUUUUCUUUUCCAUUCCUCCUCUGAAACAGCCGGACAUCCGAAAUGUGAAUCACAGACAAUCCGCUGCGCUUGUAGUUACACCUACUGAUAGCUGGGACUUCCGAUUUUCUGAUCUAGCUCAUGGCUCGAUAUCGAUUUGGGAUCUCAGCAGCAUUUCCAGCUCGGGAACACAGUGUGUAAACCUGGACAUUAUCCCAGGGUGAAGUUUUUCACAAGUUUGCGCUGAGUGUGCGCUUCAGUAUCACAGUAAUGGUGUAGACAGCGUUACACAGUGUCGCGGUAUUUCAGGGUAAACAAGAAGAAAAAAAACCUCCGCGGGCUUAAAUAGGACCGUUAUUUUUGGGGGCUGAAAUCUAUAGUCCAGGGAUACGAUGUCAGCAAAAACAGCACUACCAUCCGUCAACGAGAGGAAAACCGAAAAUCACACAUCUAAUGGUCAUGGUCGAAUGGAAGGGGCCUCUCGCUCUAUAAGGUCGGGUGGCCGAAACCGCAGUUCAGGUAGUUCAGGCUUCGAAGACCAAAAUCCUCAUAUUGGAAAUUACCGGCUCCUGAAAACCAUUGGAAAAGGCAACUUUGCCAAGGUCAAACUGGGUCGCCACAUCCUCACUGGCAGAGAGGUGGCUGUAAAAAUUAUUGACAGGACCCAACUGAAUCCAACAAGCCUUCAAAAGCUCUUCAGGGAAGUUAGAAUAAUGAAGAUAUUAAACCACCCAAAUAUAGUAAAGCUGUUUGAGGUGAUUGAGACGGAGAGGAAUCUGUUUCUUGUGAUGGAGUAUGCCAGUGGAGGUGAAGUUUUUGACUACCUUGUUACUCAUGGCAGGAUGAAGGAGAAAGAGGCCAGAGCUAAAUUUAGACAGAUUGUAUCAGCUGUGCAGUACUGCCACCAGAAACACAUUGUUCACAGAGACCUGAAGGCUGAGAACCUGCUGUUGGAUGCUGAUAUGAACAUAAAGAUAGCGGAUUUUGGCUUUAGUAACCAGUUCACCAUGGGGAAUAAGUUAGACACGUUUUGCGGCAGUCCCCCGUAUGCUGCUCCUGAACUCUUUCAGGGAAAAAAAUAUGACGGGCCUGAAGUGGACGUCUGGAGUCUGGGGGUCAUACUCUACACUCUGGUUAGCGGAUCACUCCCUUUUGAUGGACAAAACCUCAAGGAGCUACGUGAACGUGUGUUAAGGGGUAAAUAUCGAAUUCCCUUCUACAUGUCUACAGACUGCGAGAAUCUCCUUAAACGUUUCCUCGUGCUCAACCCUGCUAAGAGAGGAACACUGGAGCAAAUCAUGAAGGAUCGUUGGAUCAAUUCUGGGUCAGAGGAGGAUGAGCUCAAACCUUACAUUGAACCGGAGGCUGACAUCUUUGAUGCGAAGAGAAUAGAUGUGAUGGUUGGCAUGGGCUUCACCAGGGAGGAGAUUCAAGAGUCUUUGUCAAAGAUGAAAUAUGAUGAUAUCACAGCCACCUAUUUACUGCUGGGCAGGAAGCUUAAUGAGGAGGGAAAUGACUCCAGUACCAGCAGCAAUCUCACUGUGGCAAAAAAUAGGCCUGCUAGUGAGAUGAAUGGCCAGUCUCCAGCUCACCAGAAAGUCCAGAGAAGUGUCUCGUCCAAUCAAAAAACUCGACGCUACAGUGACCAAGUGGGUGCUGUUGUAAACGCUGGUUUAAGUAGUGUUAAGAGGGCCGUUCCCAGCACAGCAGACAUUAACACUAAGCAGGAUGGAGCUGCUGUAGUCCGUAAGGCUCCAUCACACAGCCCACCCAGUCCAUUACUGGGCAACGCAAAUAACCCUAACAAAGCAGACAUACCUGACCGCAAGACGGCCAACUCUCUCACUCCUAAUAAUAACUCUGGAGGCUCUGGAGGAAUGGGUCGAAGAAACACGUAUGUUUGCAGUGACAGGAACAACACCGAUCGGCUCUCUGUUGUUCCAAAUGGAAAAGAAAACAGUGCGUCUUUGUCUCCUGACCAACCCGGUGCCUCCACUCACAGCAUCAGCAAUGCUGCAACUUCUGAUAAACUCAGAUUCCCACGAGGCACCUCGAGUCGCAGCACUUUUCAUGGGCAGGUGCGGGAACGUCGCACUGCCACAUACAACGGGCCGCCGACCUCACCCACUCAGCCUCGCAGCCGCGCCAACACAAACAACCUGCUCACCAAACUCACCUCUAAACUCACACGCAGAAACAUGUCAUUCAGAUUUUCCAAAAGAGAAUCAAUCGAGUUUGAGAGAAGCGGGAGAUUUGAGGGCACAAGUCGCCAUGUACCUGGGGAUCAGCAAAAAGAUGAAGGGAAAGAUGGAAAAGACGGGAAACCCCGCUCUCUCCGUUUCACCUGGAGUAUGAACACCACCAGCAGCAUGGAGCCAGCCGCCAUCAUGAACGAGAUCCGCAAAGUUCUGGACGCCAACAACUGCGACUAUGAACAGCGUGAACACUUCCUUCUUCUCUGUGUCCAUGGCGAUGGACAUGCGGACAGCCUUGUCCAGUGGGAGAUGGAGGUCUGCAAACUGCCCCGCCUCUCACUUAACGGUGUCCGCUUUAAAAGGAUAUCCGGGACAUCCAUCGCUUUCAAAAACAUUGCUUCCAAAGUUGCCAGUGAGCUCAAGCUAUGAAUGUCUGUAAUCUAUUCAUGUAGAAGACAAUGAAAGUGUUAAAUCUUAUAUAGAGAAACAAACAUCUGUACAAUCAAGCGUAGCAGAUUGCAAAUGUAUGUUUUUUUUUUUAAAUGAACCACUUACUCAAUGUAUUUCAAAUGUAUAGACUUUAACAUUGCUAAAAGCAAUAAUUUGCGUCACAAGUUGCUAAACACUCUGUGAAAGAAUUUGAUUUGAGUGUUGUGGUUAAAAAUGUGCAGGCCAAGACACCCUAGACGCUUGUCCAGAUGUGGCCUGAAUGUGUAAAACCAGAGAUUCUAUUCUUCUUCAGACAGUGUUGCAAUGCUAUAGAUAUUUGGUGUUUUGAGCAAACUGUGUGUAAAGGCUAUGUAAAACUCUUUCAAAAGAGACAAAAUGCUUAUAAAUUUACCAGUUAUUUUGCACCUCAGAGUUUAUCAAGGUUCCGUGCUGGUACUUGAAUGUGUUCCGGCGACACAGUUCGAAUUCACUUUAACUGUGUGAAUGCUGCGAGACUGAAGUAAAACAAGUUUUAUUUAUUUUAUGCCCAUCAGCCAAAUGUAAAUAAUGCACCUUUUCUUUUAGUUCAUUGUUGCCAUUCUCAUACUCAUAAGAGCUCUAAUAUUUUGAAGGGCUACUUGUAUUUGCUUGUGGUUAAAGAUCAUAUAUGGAUUAUAUUAAAACAGCUGUACAUGACUGGC